AAAUAUUGUUUUUUUUUUUCAUAUCAAUUUCGUGAAAGAAAAUUUACUAGAAAAAGAGAAACUUUGCUUGCAUUUCUGAAUCUUCUUUGCUUUGUUUUUCAUCUUCUUUUAACCACUCUAUAUACCCCACCUGUUUCAAACCCUAACCCUAAAUCAAGAUUCCCAUACUUUCAAGAUUUUGUCAUAAUUAGGAAAUUAGUGUCAAAAAAUUCCCUGAUUUACUAUUUUGAAAAGGGAAUUUCAAGAAAGCUUUCUUGAUUUACUAUUUGUCGAAGAGAAGUGUAGAAGAUCUCAAAAACCCCAUUUUGAGAUUGAAAAAUUCUUGCAUUUUUUUUUUUUUUUUUUUGUGAAAGAACCCAUUUUUAGUUAAAGAUUCUUUAACUCAUUAAUACCAAGAAAUCAUUUUUUUCACAAAAAAAUCCAACCCCAGAUCAGAAUUUUGUAAAUAUUUAUAAAAUUCUGAAAGUUUCCCAAUUUUUUCCAUCCAUGUUUCAAGAUUAAGAUGGGAGCUGAGAAAAAAUGGUUAUAUGCACUAUUUUGUGCAGCAUUUGUAUCAUUACUCAUAUUUUUAUCUUCCAUUUCAGGUUUUAGUUCAUCAUACUAUGCAUUUUCAUCACACAGGAGGUUUGCCACGCCCGUAAAUCACGGGCCGGGCCAUCCUCCUGCAUUUGCAUACUAUAUAUCAGGUGGUGGAGGUGAUAGUGACAGGAUUUUUAGACUGUUGUUAGCUGUGUAUCAUCCUAGGAAUAGGUAUUUGUUACACAUUGGUGUUGAUGGUAGUGAUAAAGAAAGGAGGAAACUUGGGAUGUUAGUGAAAUCUGUGCCAGUAAUUCAGGCUUUUGGGAAUGUUGAUGUGAUUGGAAAGCCUGAUCCAGUUACUUAUAUGGGGUCGACUAAUAUAGCGGCUAUGCUAAGGGCGGUAUCCAUUUUGUUGAAAGUAGAUGGUGGAUGGGAUUGGUUUGUUAAUUUAAGUGCCAAUGAUUAUCCUUUAAUUACUCAAGAUGAUUUAUCUCAUGUCCUCUCAUCUGUUAGUAGAGACCUAAAUUUCAUCGACCACACCAGCGACCUUGGAUGGAAAGAGGGUCAACGCGUAAAGCCCAUUGUAGUUGAUCCAGGGCUUUACCUAGCACGAAAUACGCAAAUCUUUUAUGCCACCGAAAAGCGGCCACUGCCUGAGGCUUUCAAAGUUUUUACUGGCUCUCCUUGGGUUGUCUUGAGCCGACCGUUUCUCGAGUUCUGUGUUUUCGGAUGGGACAACCUUCCUAGAACCCUUCUAAUGUAUUUUACUAAUGCAGUGUUGUCACAAGAAGUCUAUUUCCAUUCCGUUGUUUGCAAUUCGCCAGAGUUUAAGAAUACGACGGUUAAUCGUGACAUGAGAUAUAUGGUCUGGGAUAACCCCCCUAAGAUGGAGCCGCUUUUCCUUAACACUUCGGAUUAUGAUCUGAUGGCGCAAAGCGGAGCUGCAUUUGCUAGACAGUUUAAUAAAGACGAGGCGGUACUUGACAUGAUCGAUCAGAAUAUCCUUAAGCGCAGCCAGAAUAGAGUGACCCCGGGUGCAUGGUGCACCGGUCGGAAGAGUUGGAGGAUGGAUCCUUGUUCCCAAUGGGGCGAUGUCAACAUGUUGAAACCCGGACCUCAAGUGAAAACAUUAGGUGAUUCUGUACAAAGACUCCUUCAAGAUUUGAGCUCACAAUCAAAUCAAUGCAGAUGACGAGCAAAGUACGAGUUGACGACCAGGCUUGCGUACUUUCGGCUUAGAUGCAUUUUCGGUCCACAAUUCUUUUUUGGGAGAUAUGUUCUUCGUUAUGCGCUUCUUCGGUGUUCAUUUUGAGAUUGCAAGUUGGAAGAAGCAUUGACAGGCUCUUUCCGAGUUUUGGAUUGGGCUGUGGCCUUCGGACAACUUAAGUAGAGCCACCAUAUAUUGUCUCCCAACAAUAAGAGGAAUCUCUCCACUGUACCAUGCCUAUAUUUUUUUUUCUCAGUUUAAGUUAUUUAUGAGUUUUCACGUCUAGUAUGUAUACCUUCUAAGUUUUAUCAUAAUUUGACAUUGUGUUACAUGCAGUUUAAUUAGAUCCAUUAUUGAGAUA